AUGCCUGAGACUUCUAAGCCCUCAGCACCUCCCAAGGGUAAACUGAGUACUGAAGACGUCCCAGAUACCAUUAUCCACAAAGACGGAAGUUUCGUAUUAAUCAUCAUCAUCAUGCUCAGACGUAGUUUGCGUUUAUAUCCCAGUGGCUUGAAUGUCGCAAAAAUGAGCUCCUCCAGCCAAUUGGGGGAUUUGGGCAGUGGUGCCGGUAAAGGUGGUGGUGGCGGCGGUUCCAUUCGUGAAGCCGGUGGCAGUUUUGGUAAAAUGGAAGCAGCUCGCGAAGAAGAGUACUUCUACAAGAAACAAAAAGAACAAUUGGAACGUUUAAAGAACGACCAAAUCCAUCAAGCUGAAUUCCAUCAUCAACAAAUCAAGGAACACGAAGAAGCCAUUCAACGUCAUAAGAAGUUUUUGGAGAACUUGAGCAAGUGAAUGAGGA